AUUGGUACAUGUACAUGUAUGUACAUUAUGCCUGCUGGUUCUAUCAAGGUCCCACAAAUAAUUCCACUCCGUCCUCCACAGGGUAAUAGAAAGCACAUCAUAGAUUCAAAUACAGAAAUCGACAUCAGGCUAGCUAACAAGGAUCCUGAUGUCUCUCUUUUUUACACACUCAACAAUGAGAGGCCCAACCCUUUUCAAGUUUUUGGAGAAAAAUUCACUCGAAAGUUUGAGUAUCCUUUCACGCUUUCCCCAGGAAAGAAAACAAUUAAAGUUAUGGCAAUGACUGCCGAUAAGUCAAAGGAAAGUUCAGUAGUCACUAGAACUUUUUUUGUUCGCGAAAUAGAAAAGGAUAAAGAGACUGAUAAUGAUGCCUCAAGUGUAUUUGAUGACUCAUUAUCUCGAAAGUUUAGGCACAAAUUGAAACUAUCUUCAAGAGAGAGUAACAAAAGUACUGUCACACCCUCUCCUCCUCCUCCUCUUCCUCCUCUAUGCAACAAGCAACCGUCUAUUCUCAUACCAGCGAGUAACCGUGGCAACUUGUUGAAGUGUCUCUGUUGUAAUUCUUUAUAUGUCGAAGGUCAAGCAUUCUGCACAACCUGUGGGGUGCAGUUGCCACGGUUACCAUCGUCAGGAGAGGAUCCGAUUAGGUUUAAAGUUUGUCCAGAUUGUCAUUCAGAGCUGUCUUCCUUUGUAAGGGUCUGUCAUGUAUGUGAUGCACCUCUGGGUCAUCUUCAAUCUCUUCCACUGCUAAAAGUUCAAGCAAACGAUGGAGCUAUCUCUGGCUUGAUACAAUGCCUUCAUUGUGGCAUGCAUAAUGAUCCAUUGAUGAGUGUCUGUACAGCUUGUGAUCAGACACUCCUUAAAAAGAAUGAUGGUGGUUUGCCCCUUGAUGGGCCCAGUGCUAAAGGAAAGGCUAUCAUGUAUCCAAUUGCUGGUAGCAGUUACCUCAUGUGUGGAGUAUGCGGUCGUGUUAAUGUCUCUGAUGCUAGAUACUGUGAUUGGUGUGGCUGUAAGCCAAAUGGUUCCAGCGUAGACCUGUCAUGUCAGGCUUGUCAAAGCAUGAAUGACUGGCAGGCAAGAUAUUGCAACAAGUGUGGGGAAAUCAUGAAAUGUCCUCUGAGACCUGAAGUUGAAUCAGGAAAUACAUUAAAAAAGCCUAAAGGAGUGAGGAUUGAUCGUCACCAGUGGGUGCCAGUAGCUGAUAUUGUUGUUUAUCAAGAAGACAAGGAAGUUUCAGCAUGGCCAGAUACACUAUCACGCAGUACACAGACUCAAGGAUUAUUCUAUCCUUCAGAAAAGACAAUAUCAUUUAAGAAGCAAGCAGAUAAUUGGCAGAGACUGGUAAAGAAAGUGUCAAAGGACAGAUUAGCUAACCUGUCAGUUUAUAGUCCUGGAAAAGGGAUGUGGAGGGCUCAAUUGGAUCACAUUAUUACACACUUGAAAGCUCAUGCUGCAUCAUCUUUUGAUUUCCAAGACACAAUAGGAUUCUGUCGCUUGGGGAAACUAACCAAUAGCUCUAUAGAGCAUUGUCCUUCUGAUAAAGAUACAACUAUAACUCUGAAGCUUUCAUUUACCAUUAAGGGAGAAAUGGAUGAGUCUAUAUCGCCAUAUCUCAACAAAAGUUCAACAAGAAAGCAACAUCAGCAAGCAAUAUUGAAAAAGACUGCAAGUUUUAUUGGGAGUGGGCCACCACACAGCAGCACAGGUCAAAGUGCUGAGAAGAGAAGGAGGAUUAAUGAUUCACAACUAAUAUCAUCAGUCGAGAAUCAUCUUCUUGCAAGUGAGCUUGCUUUCUCAGGACAAGGGAGAGCAGAUAUUGUCAGCAAUUUAUUAGCUAAAGGUGCAAAUCCUAAUGCUUUGGACUCUUGUGGGCUACCUGUCCUUUCAUUGGCAGCAGCUCACGGUCACUUAGAAGCAAUGAACAUACUCCUUGAACUGGGGGCUAACAUCAAUGUACAAACUAAGAGAACAGGUAAUACGCCAUUACAUGAAGCAGUGUAUGUGGGCCCAUCAAGGAAAACUAUCAUUCAGUCAUUGCUAGGUCAUGGUGCCAAUCCGACCGUUAAAAACAAAGAAAGUUUAACUCCUUGUGAGGUGGCUAAAAAACUGGGUCACAAGCAGUUGAUAUUGCUAUUUGCCAGUCAGCUAGGGUCAAGUAUGCUAACUAAACUCUUACCAACUAUCAACUAACAACCUCAAAUUCACAUACAAAUGGUUUUCUAUAUUCAAUUUGUCAUCAGUUUUAAGA